ACAACAAAGGAUGAGGCAGAAAUAUCCAACAUAUUGAAUCAAAGACAGUACAAGUCAGGUGACCAAAGCAGGUAAUUACAGCUGAUUGUAAAUUGGCAACCUGUCUUGUACCAGAUAGACAAGCAAUAAAGAGCCUGCAAGAAAUCAGUGCUGCAUGUCUGAAGGUACAGCAAAUGCAAUGGCCAUGGGCAGGUUUUGUGUAGGAGCUGCUUUCGUCAUAGCAAUUUGGAUGACCGAAGUCUCUUGCGCCUCACUUGGAGGGACCAACGGGAGAUCCAAAGAUGAGAUCGGCCUGGGAAAUGUUCCACAAAAUGACCAAGCUGACAUCAUUAAAGUGCAACAACUAAUUGAGGCCCUGUAUCAAGACCACUAUAUUAUCGAAGAAUACCUCAAGUCUGCCGCAAAAGCUAGGGCCUAUGACCACGUGACCACAGCCCCCCCGGCCUCUAACAACGUGACUCAAGCCUCUGACCCCCUGGCCUCGAACAACGUGACUCAAUCAUCUGACCCCCUGGCCUCUAACGGGACUCAAGCCUCUGACCCCCUGGCCUCUAACGUGACUCAAGCCUCUGACCCCCUGGCCUCUAACAACGGGACACAAGCCUCUGACCCCCUGGCCCCUAACAACGGGACUCAAGCCUCUGACCCCCUGGCCUCUAACGUGACUCAAGCCUCUGACCCUUUGGCCUCCAACGGGACUCAAGCCUCUGACCCUUUGGCCUCCAACGGGACUCAAGCCUCUGACCCUUUGGCCUCCAACGGGACUCAAGCCUCUGACCCUUUGGCCUCUAACGUGACUCAAGCCUCUGACCCUUUGGCCUCUAACAACGUGACUCAAGCCUCUGACCCUUUGGCCUCUAACGUGACUCAAGCCUCUGACCCUUUGGCCUCUAACAACGUGACUCAGGCCUCUGACCCUUUGGCCUCUAACAACGUGACACAAGCCUCUGACCCCCUGGCUUCUAACGUUACCCAAGCCUCUGACCCCCUGUCCUCUAACAAUGUGACUCAAGCCUCUGACCCCUUGGCCUCUAACAACGUGACUCAAGCCGAUGACCCCCUGUCCUCUAACGGGACUCAAGCCUCUGACCCCCUGGCCUGUAACAACGGGACUCAAGCCUCUGACCCCCUGGCCUCUAACAACGGGACUCAAGCCUCUGACCCUUUCGCCUCUAACGUGACCCAAGCCUCUGACCCCCUGGCCUCUAACAACGUGACCCAAGCCUCUUACCCCCUGGCCUCUAACAACGUGACCCAAGCCUCUUACCACCUGGCCUCUAACAACGUGACUCAAGCCUCUUACCCCCUGGCCUCUAACAACGGGACUCAAUCUUCUGACCCCUUGGCCUCCAACAACGGGACUCAAUCCUCUGACCCCUUGGCCUCUAACAACAUGACUCAAGCCUCUGACCCUCUGGCCUCCAACAACAUGACUCAAGGCUCUGACCCCCUGGCCUCCAACAACGGGACUCAAUCCUCUGACCCCCUGGCCUCCAACAACGGGACUCAAGCCUCUGACCCCCUGGCCUCUAACAACGGGACUCAAGCCUCUGACCCCCUGGCCUCUAACAACGGGACUCAAGCCUCUGACCCCCUGGCCUCUAACAACGGGACUCAAGCCUCUGACCCCCUGGCCUCUAACAACGAGACUCAAGCCUCUGACCCCCUGGCCUCUAACAACGGGACUCAAGCAUCUGACCCCCUGGCCUCUAACAACGUGACUCAAGCCUCUGACCCCCUGGCCUCUAACGGGACUCAAGCCUCUUGCCCCCUGGCCUCUAACGUGACUCAAGCCUCUGACCCCUUGGCCUCUAACAACAUGACUCAAGCCUCUGACCCCCUGUCCUCUAACAUGACUCAAGCCUCUGACCCCCUGGCCUCUAACGGGACUCAAGCCUCUGACCCCCUGGCCUCUAACAUGACUCAAGCCUCUGACCCCCUGGCCUCUAACGGGACUCAAGCCUCUGACCCCCUGGCCUCUAACGGGACUCUAGGCUCUGACCCCCUGGCCUCCAACAACGGGACUCAAUCCUCUGACCCCUUGGCCUCCAACAACGGGACUCAAUCCUCUGACCCCUUGGCCUCCAACAACGUGACCCAAGCCUCUGACCCCCUGGGCUCUAACAACGGGACUCAAGCCUCUGACCCCCUGGGCUCUAACGGGACUCAAGCCUCUGACCCCCUGGCCUCUAACGGGACUCAAGCCUCUGACCCCCUGGCCUCUAACAACAUGACUCAAGCCUCUGACCCCCUGUCCUCUAACAUGACUCAAGCCUCUGACCCCCUGUCCUCCAACGUCACUCAAGCCUCUGACCCCCUUGCCUCCAACAACGGGACUCAAGCCUCUGACCCCCUUGCCUCCAACAACGGGACUCAAGGCUCUGACCCCCUGGCCUCCAACAACGGGACUCAAGGCUCUGACCCCCUGGCCUCUAACAACGGGACUCAAGGCUCUGACCCCCUGGCCUCUAACAACGGGACUCAAGGCUCUGACCCCCUGGCCUCUAACAACGGGACUCAAGGCUCUGACCCCCUGGCCUCUAACAACGGGACUCAAGGCUCUGACCCCCUGGCCUCUAACAACGGGACUCAAGGCUCUGACCCCCUGGCCUCUAACAACGGGACCCAAGCCUCUUACCCCCUGGCCUCUAACAACGUCACCCAAGCCUCUUACCCCCUGGCCUCCAACGUCACCCAAGCCUCUUACCCCCUGGCCUCCAACGUCACUCAAGCCUCUGACCCCCUGGCCUCUAACAACGUCACUCAAGCCUCUGACCCCCUGGCCUCUAACAACGGGACUCAAGCCUCUGACCCCCUGGCCUCUAACAACGGGACUCAAGCCUCUGACCCCCUGGCCUCUAACAACGGGACUCAAGCCUCUGACCCCCUGCCCUCCAACAACGGGACUCAAGGCUCUGACCCCCUGGCCUCUAACAACGGGACUCAAGGCUCUGACCCCCUGGCCUCUAACAACGUGACCCAUGCCUCUUACCCCCUGGCCUCUAACGUGACCCAAGCCUCUGGCCCCCUGGCCUCUAACGGGACCCAAGCCUCUUACCCCCUGGCCUCCAACGUCACUCAAGCCUCUGACCCCCUGGCCUCCAACAACGGGACUCAAGCCUCUGACCCCCUUGCCUCCAACAACGGGACUCAAGCCUCUGACCCCCUGGCCUCUAACAACGGGACUCAAGGCUCUGACCCCCUGGCCUCUAACAACGGGACUCAAGGCUCUGACCCCCUGGCCUCUAACAACGGGACUCAAGGCUCUGACCCCCUGGCCUCUAACAACGGGACUCAAGGCUCUGACCCCCUGGCCUCUAACAACGGGACUCAAGCCUCUGACCCCCUGGCCUCUAACAACGGGACUCAAGGCUCUGACCCCCUGGCCUCUAACAACGGGACCCAAGCCUCUUACCCCCUGGCCUCUAACAACGUGACCCAAGCCUCUUACCCCCUGGCCUCCAACGUCACUCAAGCCUCUUACCCCCUGGCCUCCAACGUCACUCAAGCCUCUGACCCCUGGCCUCUAACAACGGGACUCAAGCCUCUGACCCCCUGGCCUCUAACAACGGGACUCAAGGCUCUGACCCCCUGGCCUCUAACGGGACCCAAGCCUCUUACCCCCUGGCCUCCAACGUCACUCAAGCCUCUGACCCCCUGGCCUCCAACAACGGGACUCAAGCCUCUGACCCCCUGGCCUCCAACAACGGGACUCAAGCCUCUGACCCCCUGGCCUCUAACAACGGGACUCAAGCCUCUGACCCCCUGGCCUCUAACAACGGGACUCAAGCCUCUGACCCCCUGGCCUCUAACAACGGGACUCAAGCCUCUGACCCCCUGGCCUCUAACAACGGGACUCAAGGCUCUGACCCCCUGGCCUCUAACAACGGGACUCAAGGCUCUGACCCCCUGGCCUCUAACAACGUGACCCAUGCCUCUUACCCCCUGGCCUCUAACAACGGGACCCAAGCCUCUUACACCCUUGCCGCUAACGUGACUCAAGCCUCUUACACCCUGGCCUCUAACGUGACUCAAGCCUCUGACCCUUUGGCCUCUAACGUGACUCAAGCCUCUGACCCUUUGGCCUCUAACGUGACUCAAGCCUCUGACCCUUUGGCCUCUAACGGGACUCAAGCCUCUGAUCCACUGGCCUCUAACAACGGGACUCAAGCCUCUGACCCCCUGGCCUCUAACAACGUGACCCAAGCCUCUGACCCCCUGGCCUCUAACAACGUGACCCAAGCCUCUUACCCCCUGGCCUCUAACAACGUGACCCAAGCCUCUUACCCCCUGGCCGCUAACGUGACUCAAGCCUCUUACCCCCUGGCCUCUAACGUGACUCAAGCCUCUGACCCUUUGGCCUCUAACGUGACUCAAGCCUCUGACCCUUUGGCCUCUAACGUGACUCAAGCCUCUGACCCUUUGGCCUCUAACGUGACUCAAGCCUCUGACCCUUUGGCCUCUAACGUGACUCAAGCCUCUGACCCUUUGGCCUCUAACGUGACUCAAGCCUCUGACCCUUUGGCCUCUAAUGUGACUCAAGCCUCUGACCCUUUGGCCUCUAACGUGACUCAAGCCUCUGACCCCCUGGCCUCCAACAACGGGACUCAAGCCUCUGACCCCCUGGCCUCCAACAACGGGACUCAAGCCUCUGACCCCCUGGCCUCCAACAACGUGACCCAAGCCUAUGCCCACGGUACUACAGCCCCCCUGGCCUCUAACAACAGGACUCAUGCCUCUGACCCCCUGGCCUCUAACAACGGGACUCAAGCAUCUGAUCCCUUUGCCUCUAACAACGUGACUCAAGCCUCUGACGACCACAAACUGGCCUCCGACAUCUCUGGAAGCUUGCUUCGAGUCAAAGCAACAACUCCAUGAUGCCCAUUCAUGACAAUCAAAAUGUUUCACAAACAUCGCUAAGCAAAGGUUGCAGGAAACGCUAUAAGGCCGUUGGACUACAAUUGCUUAAGGCGAUCUCAAAUUAUAAGGAUGUUAAAGAAGUAAGCCGAGAGUCGGAUCAGGUGAACGCCGAGGCAUCAUCAGGAACUGACCCCAGAGCAGUCGGGGCUGCUUUGGGUGCCAAUGAUUUAGCCGCUCUGAAUAAUGUUUUAACUGGACUACAGCAUAAUGGACAACAAACUGACUAUAAUGAAUGUAUGCCUUGAUAAUAAAAACUUAAUUUAUACU